CCAAGAAUAAGCUACACCCAUUAUGUGACUGUUUUCUUUUAUUUAAAUCAUUUAUCUAAGGACCAGUUCUUUCUCAUCGGGAGGAAUUGCUAAGGAGGCUCUGUCUGCAAAGGGCGCAUCGAGCGAUACAGUGCAGCGUUCAACAAAUGAGUCAAACUUUAUCAAGAUCGAUAUGUUUAACUUCUCUCAGUAAACGGAACGGAACAACAGUAAGACAUAUUCGACUUUACGAGCGCACGUGAAAAGCAACACAAAGUCCACAGUCUUUACAUUGGUCUGCUGAAACGGGUUUUAGGCGUGCCAAAAUCGCAGAAUACUGGCAAUGGGGCAUCCUCCGCUGGAGUUCAGCGAUUGCUAUCGGGACAGUCCUGAUUUUAGGGAAAGACUGAAAUCUUACGAACUGGAACUGGAUAGAACGAGCAAGUUUUUAAAAGAUGUGAUCAAAGACGGUAAUAAUGUGAUCAGCACGAUUAAAGCAUACUCCCUGGCUGUAAAGAAGUUCUCUCAGACACUUCAAGCCUUCCAGUUCAACUUCAUUGGCGAUUCACUCACCGAUGAUGAGAUGAACAUUGCCGAGUCAUUCCGUGAGUUCGCUGUGCUGCUACAGGACGUUGAAGAUGACAGAAUGAUGUUGGUGCAAAAUGCCUGUGAUCUACUCAUCAAACCCUUGGAGAAAUUCCGGAAGGACCAGAUUGGAGUUACUAAAGAGAGGAGAAAGAAAUUUGAAAAAGAGAGUGAGAAGUACUAUUCCCAGCUGGAGAAACAUAUGAGUCUUUCAUCCAAGAAAAAGGAAACCCAACUCCAAGAGGCGGAUGAACUGCUGGAGAAAGAAAGGCAGAACUUCUACGAGUCAUCCAUUGACUAUGUUUACCAAAUCCAACAGGUGGAGGAUAGAAAGAAAUUUGACAUUGUUGAGCCUGUGCUGGCAUUCCUCCAAAGCAUUCUGACCCUGAAUAAUCUGACGGUAGAGAUGACUCAGGACUUUCUACCUUACAAACAAGAACUCCAGCUCAGCCUACAGAAUACACGUAAUCAUUUUGAGAGCACGCGAGAGGAAAUGGAAGAACUAAUGAAUAGGAUGAAAGAGCCUUCCCAGAUUGGAAAGAUGCAUGGGCAGCCCACGAUAGAGGGUUACCUCUACAUACAGGAGAAAUGGGCUCUGGGUGUGUCCUGGGUUAAAUACUAUUGUAAAUAUCAGAAGGAAACCAAGGUCUUCAGCAUGGUGCCUGCAGAACAGAAGCCUGCUACUAAGCAGGCUCCUGCUGAACUUAAGGUGAAGUCCUGCAUUCGUCGGAAAACCGAGUCCAUCGAUAAGCGUUUUUGCUUUGAUAUCGAAACAUAUGAAAGGGGCACACCAGUUACCUUGCAGGCCAUCUCAGAGAAUGACAGGAAGCGGUGGAUGGAAGUGAUGGAUGGAAAAGAGCCUAUCUAUCACUCCCCGAUUCAGAAGCAAGCUGAAAUGGAGUUGAAUGAAGUUGGAUUCAAAUUUGUCAGAAAAUGCAUAAAUUUUGUGGAAACUAAAGGGCUUACUCAGGAAGGAGUCUACAGGACAGUUGGUAGCAAUAUCCAAGUCCAGAAAUUGCUGAAUGCCUUCUUUGACUCUAAGAGUCCAGGUGACAUAGACUUCCACUCUACAGACUAUGACAUUAAAACCAUCACCAGCGCCAUGAAGUUCUACUUAAGGAGCCUCAGUGAACCACUUAUGACCCACUCUCUACACCGAGACCUUAUCCUUGCAGCAAAAUCAGAGAACCUGGAUUACCGCUCAGGUGCUGUUCAUUCCCUUGUUUACAAACUGCCAGAAUGCAACCGCCAGAUGCUGGAGCUGCUGAUUCGCCACCUGGUCAGUGUUUGUGCCCAAAGUGCUGAAAAUCUCAUGACCCCAUCAAACAUGGGCGUUAUUUUUGGCCCCACCCUGAUGAGGGCAGAGGAAGAGACUGUGGCAGCCAUGAUGGAUAUAAAGUUCCAGAAUAUUGUUAUAGAGAUUCUCAUUGAAGACUUCGGAAAGAUCUUCGGGGGCCCUCCUGAAGAAAGUGCAGCUCCCCCAGUCCCACCCCCAAGAGUGACUCCAAGAAAGCGACAGCCAAUUACAAUCUCUAAACGUCCUCCACGAGCUUACCCUGCCCUUCAGCUUCCUGAUGGCGAGAGAAAGGAACAAAAUGGUUCCUCCAACAAUGGGCCCUGGGUGGAAGGGGUGGAGUCAGACAGAGACCACACCCACACCAGUCCACUGCCACACCAGAGGACUAAACUGGGUCCUCCUCCUAUCUCUCCUCCUUCCAUUCCUAUCUCCUCUCCUCCACCCUGUCUCCAUCCCCAACGGCAGCUCCCCCCUACCAAACCCUCCCUCGGCCUAGACCGUCACUCUGACUCUGACGUAGCAAAACUGGUCGCCCGGAUACAGGACGGCUUUCAGAAGUCGGAUGCCAUGACAACAACCAAUGGCGACUCUGGAGUGGCUGUGGGGCGGGCACAGUCGUUCCAGGGUAGGAGGCUACCUCCUCGGAGUGCCAAAGAUGGAGAGAAUGAGGGGAUAAAAGGGCGUCCUCACUCUGAGAAACACACCGUCUGUAGACCUCCGUCCCGUCCCCCCGAUCCUCCUACACGCACAACCCCAGCACAGAAAACACACAACGAUCAGACACCAGCAUCCUACGUUGCCUCCAAAACCAAGUUCUUUGAGAAUGCAUCCAGACAGAUGGGAAGUAGCUCCUUGGCCAUGAGCUCCGGUCCACUGAACUCAAAAGAGGAGAACACUAAGUAAAGAGGUCAGAAGGCUGAAGCUGGACACAAAUUCACCACCACUAUGGUUAUGGUUAUCACUAUGGUUAUGGUUAACACUAUGGGUAAAAACUGGGUGGCAGACAACAGGACUGUGUGUGUGAAUAUGAAUGUGUGUGUGUGUGUGUGAAUGUAAUUGCUAGAGUGUGUUUAAUGGCAUAGCCCUUGGAGAAAGACACUGACAGUUACAGCAGUUGCAAUUGUGCUUCACAUUACCACACACACACACACACACAGAGACGCACACACACACACACA